UAAUAAAGAAAGUAGUAAAAGAGAGCUCUUUCCUCAAAAAUUUGAAAAGCUCCCGCGUUUUUUAACUCUUCCGACUCAUCUCCCUCCCUCCCUUUCACUCUUUUCCCUCUUUUUUUCUCUUCCAUUCUCCGCCUAUUUCCUUCCUCAUUUCAGAUCCAAACUCAAACCUAUUUUCUUCUUCUUCUUCUUCUUCUUCUUCUUCUUCUUCUUCUUCUUCUUCUCUCUCUCUCCUACUUUUUCCUUCUCAGAUCAAACAACCCGUUUCUCCCCCUUCUUCGUCAACAAUGAGCAGACAACCCAGAGUCAAGAAGAAGUCAUCUACCGACAUUGGUACCGGAGACGUAACUCCAAAGCAAAUUGCUUUCAUCGUCGAUCGAUAUCUAUUCGACAAUAAUUUUUCUCAAACUCGCUCUCUUUUUCGUACUGAAGCCGCCUCCCUCAUUGCUCAGUCUCCCAGUCAAGAGGCGACUAAGGGAAUACUGGGUCUUGGUCAGAUAAUUAACGAAUAUAUAAGUUUGAAAGCACAAAAAUUAAUGGUAGAUCAAGAAAGGGCUCGACUUGAGCAGGACAAGUUCCGGGUUCAGACGCUGUUGCAGAGUAUGCAAAACGCAAUGACUGUUUAUAGUGCUACUGGAAGCUCGUCUACGCCGGCGGCGAUUGUUUCUGCAGCUCACAAGCCAGCGGUUAUGGCUUCUCGGCUGCAGUCGGUUAGUGGGUCUCAAGCAGGGUUUCCUUUGCACAAUAAUCCAACUGUUCAAUCAAUGUCCAUGCCUUCCAACACAAAUGCUCAACCUACAAAUAAUAAGAGAAAAAACGCCAAGGUUGUUUCGAAUGUCCCUCCCCCAGCUGGGAAGAGAUCUCGCAGCAAAUUCUCAGCUCCAGAGAAAGUUCCACAACAUGGUAGUGCUGUUAAUAGUCAAGAAAAUACUCAGGCUCCCUCUUCAGCAGUUGAAACAUCUCCAAAUAUCUGUGUGGCUAGUGGGUCAAAUGUAGUUAAAUGUUUGUUUAACCAGCCUUCAUUCUCCAUUCCGACGAAUACUUCUGUUCCCAAGACGCCUCCACGAGCAAAUUCCUCUCAAAGUGACAAAUCAACAUCUCCGCUUGAUGUUUCUAAAUGUAGCAAUGCUAGCACUCCUGCAGAUUUGACCCCAACAAGAUGCACUGUAAUAUCAUCAUCCAAAAGGGUAACACUGAGUCCAUGUAAACAAAUGGCUUUCUACAUGGAGAAAAACCAGUGCAUUUCUACUUCCUCGCCCGCCAAGACAAACUCAAAGAGGCAGACCACAAGCAAUAAUCCAAGAAGACUCGAUUUUAGUGAUUCUGAUCCAUUGGUGAAUUUGGGAUCAGAUGAACCAAUUGUUGAGCAGGCUUCUACAUCUGAGUCUGAAAAGGAAAUUGACCUUUUUGACAUUGAUCUGCCUAAUUUUGAUGUCAUGGGAGAUGAUUUCUCAUUUACUGAAAUGUUGGGUGCUUUUGAUUUUGAUUGUGGAGAAAUGGAUUACUCUUGCCAACCACCGAUAGGAGCUUCUAUGGAUACCAUUUCAGGCUCAUCACCUGAAUCAAUGUGUGGCUAUAUGGGGUCCAACCAAGUUAUAUCGGAAUUCUCUUCUGUGACAGAAGUAUUAUCACAACAAGAUAUGAGUAUGCAAGGGCCGGAUUCUACGACAGCUCUAAAAUCUGUGACAAGAUGCAUCAAAAUUAUAAGUCCUGUAAAAUCUCGUGGGAGUUCUAUGGAUCAGAAUUGUACGUCAACAAACUGAAUGGGAGAUUAGGCAUCACUUUUUAUGAUAAUGAUAUAACCCCACUUAACAUAGUUGUAUAAAACUAAGCUGUUAGUCUGUUAACAUAUUCUUAGGAUGCAAGGACAUAACCUAUGAUAAUGAUUUGUAACCCUUCUAUUGACUUAAUAUAAUGAAAAAUACAAAAAAAAAAAAAGCAGAGAUUUUCUAUAA